AUGAUUGCGUCAGCAACUACAUCAUCAGCACCUUCUCAGGAUGUUGCAGGUGUCGACGAGAAAGUCAGGCUGAAAAAAGAAUUGAGACUUUUUGAGGCUGUUUCCGUCAUUGUCGGUCUCAUUGUUGGUACAGCGUUUUUGACAUUCCUCAACUGCUGGAACAUGAAAGUGACGAAGAAAAUUCAAGACGUUUUUCUGAUCACGAAAUUGACAGCGCUGGUCGUCGUGAUUGUGUCUGGAUUGGCCUACAUGUUCUCUGGUCACUAUGAAAACUUCGACGAUCCGUUCAAGGGAUCGGCAACUUCUCCUGCAAAAGUCGCGGUUUCCUUUUAUCAAGGAAUGUUCGCUUACACGGGAUUCAAUUAUCUUAAUUACAUGAUUGAGGAAGUCAAAGAUCCCUAUGUGAAUUUACCAAGGGCAAUUUACAUUUCAAUGCCUUUGGUCACCUGCUUGUAUGUUUUGGCAAACAUCGCUUAUCUUGCUGUUUUGUCACCAGAAGAGAUGCUUGCUUCAAGCGCAAUUGCGGUGGGUAUUAUGUCACUGUGUUACUUGAGCACGAGUGACGUGUAUCGUUUGAUCGACUACUCAGCUUUUGUGGAGUCAAGCUUCAUUUGCAUGUCGGUCACCGCCUUAUUGUACUUCCGGUACAAAAUACCGGAUGCCAAGCGACCUGUCAAGGUUCCCACCAUUUUGCCAAUUUGUUUCCUGGCCAUGUGCCUUUUCCUGGUGGUCUUUCCGGUGUUCGAACGUUGGCAAGAGGUGCUGGCAGCAAUUCUCAUCACUGGCUUCGGGGUCCCUGUUUAUUUCACGUUUGUAUGGUGGCAGACAAAGCCAGCUUGGCUCGCCAAUUUCAGCCGUUUGAUCACCACAAAAGCUCAGAAGCUCUUUCUCUCAAUACCCCAAGAGGACUAUGAUGAAGAGGAAGACAAAAUGAAAAAUGAGGAAGCCCCAAAAGAGCGAUGA